UACUUUAAAAUCUGGUUGCCUGCUAAUAAUACCCUCUGCUGCAUUGUUUAUGAGUUUAUUAAAAAGGCCUAAACAUUUAUUUAUCCCUCUUCAGGAUGCUGUCCAAAAUUUCUUCUUUGAGGAAGUCCACUUGGCAGAGCAACUGUUCAGACAGGGUUAUAUUGAUGUUGGGGUCUUUCAUCUGGCGACUGCUGUGGUGUUUCACCGUCACCCCUAUCAUUACCUAAGUGAUAUACAACACAGAAUCUAUCCUGAUGUCUUUCAGCGCCUCCUGCAGAUCCUGCCAACAGUUUCACAGAAUAUAUGGUGCGGUGAAUCGGGAGAGCGGUUGUCAAGAUGGAUCAAGCACAAUCCCAAUGGAUAUAGGAUAUGACUUGGAAGUAAUAAACUGUGAAAAUUAUAGUACAUAAGUUUAUCAAAUUCAGUUGAAAAUCAGGUUUUGUAAUUCAUAACAUGUCCAAACCAAAAUAUAUUGAUAAUAUAUUUGUACAUAAUUUAUGGUAAAUUUGUCCAGCUUGAUGGAGCAUGCUAUUUUUCAUAUAAACACUCUGAAAACUUCACAAAUUACAUUUUUAUCUUUUAUGUUUUUUUUAUUCAAAAGGAAAUUAAUUUCUUCAUGCAAUGACAUCUGUGCAAUGAGUCUAUCAUGCGGAU